UGACAUGAAGCCAUCCCUCUCUCCAUUCCUCAGCUUCCUCCUUGUGGCCCUGGUGUUUGCAGGACUAUCCAGAGCCAGAAAUGUGGACCACCAUGGCACCGUAGGUCCAAGAGGACCGAGGGAAGGGUCUCCUGGACAAGGAACAAAUGGAUCUCACUUGCUACACCACCAAGAAAAACGCCAUGUCUUGCCCCGUACUCCCCCUUACCAGGAACCAGAACCAGAUUUCAAAGUUGUCAACUGCAAGAAAAGUGAAGGGCACUGUCAAGAAUACUGUAAUUACAUGGAAACCCAGGUGGGUUACUGCUUCAAAAAGAAAUACGCCUGCUGUUUACAUCAGAACUGAGCUUGCUGACACUGAUGACGAAGAGUGGGCCCCUGCCCGCUGCCGGGGUCCUGUCCCUGACCCGGACGGAGCAGGGACUGAGCAGGGACUGAGCAGGGACUGGCUGAGGUGUCGUUAUCUGAGCUGCAGAGCCUGGAUGUCUUAUUCUAACAAAAAGAGAGAUGAAAACCAGCCACGCCUGACCUUAGAGAAAGUGACUUAGCCUGGACAUGGACAAAAUGUUCAAAAAUCAACACAGUUUUUGCUGGUAGAUAUGAAUGUUAUAAACUUUCACGGGAAAGCAUUUAAGUAAUUCCUUCUUUUGUUUUAAAAAACGUUUUUU